AUCAAUGAACCACUAAAUGAAUAUAAUAACAUAUGGAGAACAUUCCUAGAGUAUCUUAUAUUGUCCCCCAGGUGACACCAGCUAAUCCCUGACACAGUAUUUAUACUAGCACUUCCAAGGACACCUGGUGUACCACUGUUCCCUUCUUUCCACUAACUAACCCAGACUACCCACAAUGUCAGGAUGCUACAAGUAGAUAUGAGACCCAUUGGUUUAUUGUAAAUUCUGCACAGAUGAUAUGAGCUCUUGCGAAAUACUUAACAUUAUGUCUUUAUAAUCACAAUAAUGGAAAGCUAUAGUAUAGCAGAAACGGAUUGGAUGUCGCUAAAUACAGUCUCUUACAGAUCCCCCCUUAUAUUUACAUUUGUUAUACCUUUUGUCCAUAUACUUUGUUAUAACGUCUGAAAAGAAGUCAGACGAUUUACAAGAAAUGCAUGAGGUCUGUGAACAUGUACGUGUGUGUACGCAACCGCAAAGACUACACUGAAUGUGCACAAUGGCAAGGUCAGCUGCUUCUGGGAAAUCAGCCAACAGUAGGGAGUUUGACAGACCUAUCAUACAGUUCACACACACACAUUCUAACGGUUUCCUGUCAACACCCAGAAAAAAAACGGGGGUUAGGGUUAAAAAAAACCUCCUAAAACUCUGUGAAGUUUGUUUAGGGCUGCUUGUAAUCUUCACUCUCUCUCCAUCUGACUGAAAAAGCAACACAGGAAUUAUUGGUAGAAACAAAAUGAUUAUUAAGAGAGAACAUCCAAAACUGGGACUUCCAAGGGCAGCUGGUAAACGUGAAAGUUAAACAAAGUUGUACGUUUCACUACCUAGUGCAGUGUAUCUAGCGUUCUACAAUGGCAGCAUCUGUCUCUGAGUUGUUGCUGGACGUUCUGGAGAAACUGGACAAAAGAGAGCUGGAUAGAUUUCACUGGGAGCUGAGCAAUAGCAAUCUGAAAGGUUUUCCUAACAUUUCAAAGGCUCACCUGGAGAAUGUCACAAGGCAUGCCACUGUGGAUAGGAUGGUGGAGACCUACUGCGAGGAGGGAGCUGUGAACGUCACAAACAUGAUCCUAAGCAACAUGGACUUUAACAACCUUGCUAUGUCUUUAAAGAGAGAUCUUCCAGAAGAGGAACCAGCACAGAACAAAAGAAUGGAAGAGGGGGAAUCGGUGAGUGUACUGAAGAACAACCUGAGAUCUGACUUAACACAUCUGGAGGAAAAGCUGGAGAAAUGUGAAAACGCCCAAGAGAGCUACGAUAGCAUGACUCAGCACACCAAGGAUCAGCAGGUGGACACAACGAGGAGGAUCAGGGAAGAGUUUGAGAAGCUCCACCAGUUCCUGAGAGAGGAAGAGGAGGCCAGACUGGCUGCUCUGAGGGAGGAGGAGAAGGAAAAGGGAAUGAUAAUCGAGAGAGGCAUGGAGAGCAUUGAUGAGCAGAUCUCCUCUCUCACAGAUGCCAUUGACGCUGUGAAAGAGGACUUGAAGAAAGGCAGUGAAAAAUUCCUUGUGAGUUACAAACGCACCCAGAGCAGAGCCAGAGCCCAACUUGAACUUCCGGAUCCACAGCUCGUCUCCGGAGCGCUGAUCGACAUCGCCAAACACCUGGGAAACCUGCAGUUCCAAGUCUGGGAGCAGAUGCAGGCGAUAGUCAAACACUCGCCCAUCAUUUUGGACCCCAACACGGCUCCCUCUACUAUGACUUUGUCUGAUGACCUCACCAGCGUGCGACACACAGCCAUAGAGAAGCAGCAGACUCCGGACAACCCAGAGCGGUUCACACGGUGGGCAAAGGUCAUUGGCUCCGCAGGCUUUGUGAAGGGUUCAGAGCAUAGCUGGGAGGUGGAGGUGGGCGACCAACCUGAGUGGAAUUUAGGCGUGGCUGCAGAGUCCGUCAAUCGGAAGGGAGAAAAUCUUCUUGCGUCACCAGAAUACGGAAUCUGGGCUAUACUGAAAAGGGGGCGCAAGUAUACAAAUGGAAUUGGUAAAACCCUCACUGUGAAGAGGAUACCCCAGAGGAUCAGAGUUCAGCUGAACUACGACAGGGGGGAAGUGGCUUUCUAUGACCCCAAAGACAAUACACACAUCUACACUCAUAAACAUAGGUUUACUGAGACGGUCUACCCAUACAUCUCUGUUUGGAAGAUAAAAGACGCCAGCAACCGUGAUAUACAGAUCUGCCCAUCAGAGGUGUCUGUGACAGUAAAAUCACAUCAGUGAGGUAUGUGCGCGUGUUGGUGGGUGUAUCGAUCCAAUCCUCUCUGAUAUUCACAGGUGUAUCUGCUCCAAUAGUGUAAAACUCAGAAAGGCAUGUGUAUCUAUGUAUUAAAUUGUAGAUUUCAAAAGGCUUAUACGACUUUUCUCUAAACCAUCCCAAACUAUUAUUGUUCUGUAUAAGAUGUCUGCCCUGUUACAUUUCAAAUAUUGUUGUAGUUUAAUAAUUGUUCACGUUUCAUGUCCGAAUCAUCCUAAAGUGUCUGAAAUUCCUAAUGUAGAUCAAUUAAGUUAUGCUUUAAGAUGCUAAUAUACGGGAUAUUGUCUUGUAUUGGUGUUGGGUCACAAAUGCUAAAAAGUUAGCAUUUGGAGACAGUGGCCAGGGAAACUAAACCAAAGCAGGAUUGCUGUCUUACAUUGUCUGUAGACUGCUUAAAAGAUAAGGAAAUCUAUAAUUAGUUUCAACUAUCCCUUUAAAGGGGAAAUCCACAGCUGAAACAAUAACAAAGCAGUUUCCCCUGGGCCUGGAGAAAUGUAACCACUCAAAUUCAUAGACAGAGCUAUGGAUGCAAGGACGGCUCAUCCAUGAUAACAAAACAUUGGAGGACUUCUAUAUUAGUGAUAUAUAUAUACAUGUUGAUUCUUGAAGAAUAUAACGUAUAAAUGCCAUGAGCUUGGAUAAACUGUUGUACCCAAUCAGAACCCAUAUACAAGCUUAUAUUUUGGGUUCUGAUGGGGUAUGACAGUUUAACUAUAAGCUCAUGGCAUUUCUAUGUUAUAUUCUUCAAGAAUCAACAGGUAAAUAUCACUUACAAUAUAAUUCCAAAUUGGAUGUAGCAACUGCAGAUUGCCCCUUUUUAAGUUUUCAUUAGGUAUAUGUUGAUAGUUCAACAUUUUGUUUUAUUCAACCACAAGAUCUGUGUGCCAUGUCUACUUGUACUUUUUACUAAAUCAAAUCAAGUUUAUUUUAUAUAGCCCUUCGUACAUCAGCUAAUAUCUCGAAGUGCUGUAUAGAAACCCAGCCUAAAACCCCAAACAGCAAGCAAUGCAGGUGUAGAAGCACGGUGGCUAGGAAAAACUCCCUAGAAAGGCCAAAACCUAGGAAGAAACCUAGAGAGGAACCAGGCUAUGAGGGGUGGCCAGUCCUCUUCUGGCUGUGCCGGGUGGAGAUUAUAACAGAACAUGGCCAAGAUGUUCAAAAUGUUCAUAAGUGACAAGCAUGGUCAAAUAAACAUUUUUGACUUCCAGCACCUGUUGAAAGUUAGUCUGUUAUAAUUUUUUCCCAAAUGUUCCAAUCUGCUGUGCUGAACUUUCUGUAUGAGAUGUAAGGGGUUUACAUACAUGUUUAUAUAUUUGCCUUCUUUAAAGUAGAACUUGUUUCUGUAGUCAUACAGAAUGACAUGGCUGCGAAAAGAAAGUGUCAUUUUGACAAGACUACGGUCGAAACGUGUCACAUUUUUGAAUAAACUAGCACUAUGGAUUCAUAAA